AUGAGGGGGGACGGGGUCCCCGUGCCGUGGCAGGGCGCACAGACCCACUGUGGCCACACACCGGGGGUCCCCAAAGUCCCCAUAGUGAAGGGUGACAGCGCCGUGGGGACACGACAGAGCCCAUCCCACAGAGGGGGCAGCGGCUGCGGCGUUACACAAGCGUGCAGAACAGAAAGUGUGUCAGUGGGACAGGAGGACGGCGUGGGCUCGGCGGAUGGACAGACGGACGUGGGGCCGAUUGCCACCAUGCAGCCGAGCCCGACGGCCGGACGGUGCCCUUACAUAAUGGACAGCAGUGGCAGCGGGCCCACAAUUGGGCAACGAAUAUUUACAGGUUUUCUGCUCAAUUCCUGUGCCCCACAGUGGCCUUUUUGGGGGUCCUGGCAUAGCGUUCCCACAGAUGAUGCAGCAAGGGGUGAGCUGUGGGCAGUGCAGCUGUUGGGCAGCACGGCCGUGCCUCAGUUUCCCCAUCCUUCGCCAAAUGGGGACGGGCGGUCUCCUCGUUUCCCUCACACUGCAUUUUUCCCUUUUGCCACAGCCCAAAUCGAGGUGAUCCCCUGCAAGAUCUGCGGGGACAAGUCCUCGGGGAUCCACUACGGCGUCAUCACCUGCGAAGGCUGCAAGGGUUUUUUCCGGCGGAGCCAGCAGAACAAUGCCAGCUAUUCCUGCUCACGGCAGAGGAACUGCCUGAUCGACCGCACCAACCGCAACCGCUGCCAGCACUGCCGUCUGCAGAAAUGCUUGGCGCUGGGCAUGUCCCGUGAUGCGGUGAAGUUUGGCCGCAUGUCCAAGAAGCAGCGGGACAGCCUCUACGCCGAGGUACAGAAGCACCAGCAGAGACAGGAGCAGAGCGGUGGCCCCAAGGAUGAGCCCGAACCCCUGAGCCGCAUCUACACCACCAGUGUCAGCAGUGGCCUCUCAGACCUGGAUGACAUCUCCACGCUGUCUGAUGGGCUCCUCUUCGACUUCCCCCUCACUCCUGAUGGCAGCAGCACCUACUACAACCUCGACCUGCUGGCCUCGGCUCAGCCCUCACCUGAUCAGUCCAGCCUGGAUGUGGCCGACGCCACGCUCAUCAAACAGGAAUCCAUCUAUGAGCUGAUGCUGGAGCCAGCCCUGUUUGCACAUGGUGCACUGGAGGGCAGCCAGCUGGCUGGGGACAUCUCCGUCCUUGAGAUUGACCGGAUCGCCCAAAACGUGGUCAAGUCGCACCUGGAGACCUGCCAGUACACGGCAGAGGAGCUGAAGCACCUGGCCUGGAGCCUCUACUCCCCGGAGGAGGUCCGUGCCCUGCAGAGCAAGAGCUGUGAGGCCAUGUGGCAGCAGUGCUCGCUGCACAUCUCCAAUGCCAUCCAGUACGUGGUGGAGUUCGCCAAGCGCAUCGAUGGCUUCAUGGAGCUCUGCCAGAACGACCAGAUCAUCCUCCUCAAAGCCGGUUGCCUCGAGGUUCUCCUGCUCCGCAUGAUCCGCGCCUUCAACCCCCUGAACAACACCGUGCUCUUCGAGGGGAAGUUUGGUGGCGUGCAGAUGUUCAAGGCGCUCGGGUGCGAUGACCUCAUCAGCGCCGUCUUCGAGCUGGGGAGGACCCUGUGCCGCCUGCAGCUGUCAGAUGAGGAGCUCGCCCUGUUCACUGCCGCUGUGCUGCUCUCCCCGGACCGCCCGUGGCUGACGGAGUCCAAGAAGGUGCAGAAGCUCCAGGACAAGAUCUACAUGGCCCUACAGCACGAGAUCCAGAAGAAACACUCCGCCGAGGACAAGCUCUCAAAGAUGGUCUCCAAGCUGCCCCUGAUGAAGACCAUUUGCAACCUGCACUUGGACAAACUGGAAUUUUUCCGUCUCCUGCACCCAGAGACGGCCAUGAACUUCCCACCCCUCUAUAAGGAGGUCUUCAACUCGGAGCUGCAGUACAGCGACCCACGGGAGAGCUAAGGCUGGGAGCUGCCAGCCCCCUCCCCGGCCCCAAAUCCGGAGACAGACUGAACGCUGAGGUUUGGGGCCGUCCAUUUAAAUCGCGUAACCAAACCCAAGACAGCGGGGUUGUGGAUUGCAAUAGCUCUUGAAUGUAAAGCACCUUUGAAGGAAAAGCAAAAGGACUUUGCCAUACCCGUGAAAUGAAUGUGAAAUCUCCACUUGGGAGAGGAGAUGCUCCUGGAGGUGUGGGGCACCAACUCGUCCCGCGGUGCACGGAUCCGGGGGAGAGGAACCAGAGAGGUGUGGGUCCGUGCUCCCCAUUAGCAGAACUCAUAGGGAGGGACACGGACCGAACCUGGUCAUGGAAGAGUCGCCAGGAAGGCGAUGGGAUUUGGAGAAAUGUGGGGUUUCGCAGCCAUGUGGUUUGUAGAGUUGUGUCCGAACUCAUGGGAGCAUCUGUGGGUCCGUCAGCCCCAAUUCUGCCCCCGGUGUUGGUAGAACCCAUUGAGCGUCCCAGUGCUGAGUGCCAACCGGGGGUGUGCCGCACGUGUUUCCUGCCCUCCCGGAUCCUGAAGGUCGACAAGAAGGGAAGAGUCAGAAUUGCCUUUUUCAUCUUUGGGAUUUGUCAACGUCAGCGUCGCCGUCUUCAUUUCAUCGGCAAAGAAACCAUGAAAGCACCUUAAAUUGGGGAAGGAUGAACCCUCGUGGGAGAGAUUUGGGGUUCUGAGUGAGAGGAGUCCAUAUGGGAAGAGUGGAAGUAUUGAAUACCAAUAAUUCAACUGCCCAGCACGGGAACCUGCACUUUUCAGUUCUCUUUAUAGGAACGGACUCAUUGAGUUAUUUAUUGGAAGGGAUGGAGCGGAUUUUCACAAGGAGGGGUUUGGGGCCCUGUAGUGCUGCCAUCCCAAAGCCAAACCCAGGGGUCUUGGUGGUACGUGUCAAAAGGGAUGGGAAUGGAGCGCCGGAACCUUAACCCUACCCCUACCCCUUACCCCUUAACCGUACCUCUAACCCUAAUCCCUACCCCUAAUCCUAACUGUAACCCCUAACCCAUGACCCAGAACCCAGAACCCUACCCCCUAAUCCUAACCCCUAACUCUUAACCCUAACCCCUAACUCUUAAACCCAACCCAUAACCCUGACUCCUAACCCCCACCCCUAAACUUAACCCUAACCGUAACCCCUAACCUAUAAACCUAAUUCUUACCGCUACCCCCUACUCCUAUCCCUUAACCCCUAACUCUUAACCCUGCCCCUAAUUCCUACCCAUGACCCUACCCCUUAACCCCUUACCCAUGCCCUACCCCCUACCCCUAACCCCCUAA